CAAAUGGCUUUGUUGCUGUCUUAGUUUCUACCGUUUCUUCUGCUUCUGCUUCUGCUUCUGCUUCUGCUGCUGCUGCUGCUGCUGCUGUUGCUCUGCUACGAAGGUGGACUGCUAAGAAACAAAAGACCUAAUACGAUCUAAAUUGUAGAUAAAUAUCAUAGUUAUAUUUCUCGUGUGAAAAGAUUUCGCUUAGGAAAGAUGGUCAAGAUUAAAGAUUAUGAACCUCUUAUUAACGUCAGUACCGAUCCCAUUGGCAGUCUGGAAACUGAUGUGUUGAUUAUUGGAAGUGGACCUAUCGGUGCUACGUAUGCUCGUAAAAUACUGGAUGAAUCGGACGCCAAAGUGUUAAUGAUUGACAUUGGGGCUUUUGGUUCCGUGGUGCCUGGUGAACAUUUGAAAAAUACGUCGGUCUUUCAAAAGGAUGUCGACCCGUUUGCGAGUGUCAUUCGCGCUCAUUGGCAUAAUCUGUCAACUCCGGUCAAUAAGGCUCCUACUCCUACACUUGGUCCCGGAGCGUUUCGAGUUCCGUCGAAUAAGCUUGGUACUUAUCAGCUAAAAAAUCAGAAUCCGGAUCAAAAGGAUGAUGAUAAUAUGGCGGCUGCCGGCGCGACUUAUAUGGUGGGUGGUAUGAGCACUCAUUGGACUGCCGCCUGUCCUCGAAUGAAUGAGUCGGUUGAAUUGCCCGAUAUCAUUCCUUACGAAGAAUGGGAAACAUUGUAUGACGAAGCCGAAAAGUUGUUUAACGUUUCGAGCGAUGUUUUCGAUCAUUCGAUCCGUCAUAAUUUGGUCAAGCAGAUCCUAAGAGAGACUUACGCCGAUGAAAUUCCUCUAGAAAAAAACAAGCCGAAAAGUCUUCCUUUGGCGGCGAGACGUCGUAUACGCAACAGCGAAUUUGUUGAAUGGUCCUCCUCCGCUACAAUUCUCGGCAAACACGCCCAAGAUCCGAGCGUUAUUUAUAGAGCUUCGAAUCCGUCGUUGGCCUGUAGUAUGGAAAAGAAUCGCUUUCGUAUUAUGGAGCAGCAUAUCUGUAGGAAAUUGUUUCGUAACAAGGAGGGAAAUCAUAUUGAGUAUGCACUCGUUGAGAACUUACUUCAUAAAAGAUUCAUUAAGAUAAAGGCGAAAAUUGUUGUUGUUUGCUGUGGUACUGUGCUAAGCGCCCAAUUACUAUACGCUUCUGAUAUUCGCCCUCAAAAACUUGGUAAAUAUCUUACCGAACAGCCGAUGGCCUUUUGUCAAAUUGUUCUCAAUCAAGAUACUAUCGAUAGGCUAACUAAGCCCAAUAGCGAAUUCGCCGCAACUAUUAAAGAGUAUCAAAAAAAGAAUCCCAACGAUCCUAUUCCCAUUCCUAUGAACGAUCCCGAUCCGCAAUGUUAUAUUCCCGUCUCCGAAGAUAGACCUUGGCAUUGUCAAAUUCAUCGUGAUGCCUUCUCCUACGGGGACGUUGCUCCCAACGUCGAUCCUCGUCUAAUUGUUGACUUUAGAUGGUUCGGUAUAGUUAAACAAUCGGAGUCUAAUAUGGUUACGUUCAGCGAAGAGUACAAAGACUUUCUAGGAAUGCCGCAGCCAACCUUUCACUAUACGAUCGAUUCGUCCGAUAGAAUAACGUUAAGUUCAAUGAUGAAAGAUAUGUUGAAGGCGGCUACGUCGAUGGGUUCGUUCCUUCCCGGCUCGAGUCCGCAGUUUAUGACUUCUGGCCUAUCCGCCCACGUAAACGGUGUAACUAGAAUGGGAAAGAACGAAAAAGAUUCGGUAGUCGAUGUUAAUUGCAAAGUAUGGAAUAUCGACAAUUGCUUUGUCGGAGGAUUGGGAGUAUUACCAAAGGCGGCCGCCUGCAAUCAAACGUUAACAACGGCCGCUUUGGCAAUUCGUACUGUAAAUCAUAUGCUUAAAACGAAUAUGCUAUCCUAUAAGCAUGCCGAAGUUGAUUUCACCUACGAGUUGUCCGGUUCUCCCGAUUUUCAAAAGUUAAAUUUGGAAGGAAACCGACAGGAUGGCUAUUGGAUUAGUUCGUCGGACAUAAAUGCUAACGGCUACCAAGAUAUUAUUGGUUAUGGUUUGAAUGUUGGCGACAUUAGAUGGUUUGAAAAUCCAAACGCCAACAAAGUCGAUGUACCAUUGUCAACGGAAAUACCAACAAUAACAACAACAAAAACGGCGUUGACCGAAAAGAGUACGAAUGGUGUUAAUGGAGAUCAUAAGAAAGGUGCCCUAAACGGUUCCACUAACGGAAAGCCAGAAAAAUGGACAAGUCACCUGAUUACGAAGCUAAAUCAGCCAGUUGGAAUGGAUAGUUUCGAUAUUAAUCAAAAUGGCCUUCAGGACAUUAUUAUUACGUCGGAAUACGGACCAAAUAUGGACAACAUAAACGAGAAAGGUGGUCUUGUUCAUUGGUUGGAGAAUCCCGGCAAGGAUAAUUUAUCAAUGGAUAAAGAAUGGAAAAAGCACUAUAUCGGAAGAUCAACUGGAACGCAUAGACUAGUCGUUGGACAUUUUACCCAAACGGAGAGAAUAGAAGUUCUUAUUCUUCCGGUUGUCGGAAAAGCCCACGACGUUCAUUCGGUGUGCGAAGUGAAACUGUUUACUUCUCCACCGCUCAACCAACUCGAUAAGGUAAAAGAAUGGCAAGAGACGAUUGUUGACAACGAGUACUUUCACGUUAUUCACGGCGUUGAAAAGAAGAAAUACCGCAAAGACUACUACGGUGACCAAUUAGAUUCAGUCCUAUUGGCUUCGCAAGAGGGUAUCACCUACUUGUACUAUUCGACCGAACAGAAGAAAUUCGUGAAAAAGAAUCUGGCCAAAGGAACGUUGUGCGAAAAGACUACGACCGGCUGGUAUGGAUGCGGAAACAUCACUUCGGGUAGAGUAGGAGACGAUCCAUUCGCAUAUUUGGCAACGAUUGGACCAUUCCACGGAAAUGUUGUUGCCGUCUAUGUUCGAGAUAAUGCUGUUUCAAUCGGCGACUUGGAGCACUCCAAAUUCACGCGUUACGUAUUGGACGUUUACGGAGAGCCAAACGACAAAGGUGAAGGUCCGGGACAUUAUAUUAUUGCCAAGGAUUUCGACAACGAUGGAGAUGACGAAUUUCUCGUAGCUCUUCGAGGCGAUCCUCCAACUCAAGGAGUCUUUUAUUACAAACCAUUUGAUUUGAGCAAAGGUCAAUUUACAAAGUAUCAAGUAUCAAAAGAUUCAGCCGCUCGAAUUGCAGUUGCCGACUUCAAUAAGAAUGGUAGAUUGGACUUUGCAACAAUUGGCUAUUCGGUGAAAACCUAUUACGAGGCGAAACCUUGCGAAUUGAAUGUCUAUUACAAUUCGUUCGAUUGUUCAGACGUGAAAACGACUUAUGAAAUCGUAUUGGAAAUGAUGGAGAAGAAAACCAAAGAAAAAUCUGACGAAAAGGAAGAUAAAUCUUCCCUUAAAACGGAAGUAGUCGCAACUAUUCCUUAUCAAAGACCUUCGGCAAUUCAACAGAGUUACUUUCUAAAGAAGCAACUGAUAAAAAUCCACAAGCACACCAUCUCCUUGGCUUAUUUACCUCCUAAUAGUUCGGUAAAGAUACCCAAAGGAUUGAUGGCGAAGGUAUUGGACGGAGCUAUAUACUAUAAAACUUCGAAUAAUGCGCCUACCACCAUGGUAAGGAACGUAAUCAAUCCUGACGGUACGCGAUCGAUGAAGCUUUCCAGUGAAGAUUUGGAAAUUUGGACUGAGGAUGAGGAUUCAACUUUCCUGUGGAUGAUACCCGAUUUGGAGUAUUUAGACGGCGAUGUACCAUUCAUAAGGAGCGUCGAGUCGGUGGAAGUAAAAGCGAAUUUAGUGGACGAAAAAGUCGUACCAUUUGGCUUUAAACCUUACAGAGAUAUGGGAUUUUUCAAUAUGACUGGCUUUACGGUUCAAAUCGAGAGAGAGAAUAAGAAGACCGGCACGAUUGAGCUGAAAAAAAUAUGCCAUAUUCAAUUUUGGUUGGCCGAUAAGGGAGUUGAUUGCGGAAUUCAUGACCAUUCGGAAACUAAAGGAAAUGACGCCUUUUGUGAAAUUCACGCUUGCUUCUUGAACGGCACUGGUUCCGGUGGAAUGUACAAGCAUAUCGGCGAUAUUCACAAGCCAUUCAAGGAUAUGAAAAAGAAUGAGUUUUUAUAUAUAAGAGUUCCCAGUGGUUAUGAACACGGUCCCCUAUGGGAAAUCGAUGGGAAUGGAGACCCAAAACGUCGACCUGACGGCAGCGUAAUAUACCAACCUCAUAGAUGGAUGGCCGGAGAAGGAGAUCCAAAGGAGGCAAAGGAGAGUUCGUACGAUUUUUGGAUGGCUUGCGAAUUAAAUCCAACAAUUGUCAAUUCAAAUUUGAUUGAAAAGAGGAAUCAUUAUUAAAUAAAUAGAGCUAAAAGAAGAAAGGAGAAAGAAGACAGUAGCAACAAUUGAACAAAAAUUUGUUCAAACUCUAAAUUAUAAUUUACCAAUACAGUUAAAAAGCCUAUUGCGUUAUAAAAUCUCAUAUCUUGCGAAAUUGACAAAAUUGGUUUGAAUUCAAUUAGUUGAAUUGAAAGGUUUUGAAAGCAUUUCGAAAUGUCUAGCCCACGCUUAUUCCGUAUUCAGACAAUAUAGUUGAAAUUCUUGUAUUUUCUUCGUUCUUUUAGACUGUUUAGUUUCAUUCUGGUAAAUGUAUAGAUAGUCUAUCGAAUUCAAUGGAUUAACAUUGGCCUAUAUCUCUGACAUUAGCUUGCCAUUCGCCUAGAUUGAUAACCGGCUUCCAUACACCGUUCAUGUGGUUCCUACUCCUUCAAUGGUUUUCGACUGUACUGGCAGCCGGUGAGAGCAGAAAGUUGAUCCUUAUUGCUGCAAUACUAGGAAUGGGCUUUUUCUUUAUUGCCGCUGUGAGUGAGGAUUAUCUGACUACCGUUUAUAGAUAGACAUUAUCGUAGAUGGUAACUUUUCCUUCUCCUGCAAAAUCUCUUCGAUGUAGUUGAAUAGGAUUUGAAUGAGAAUUCUUUUAGAGACGAUAUUUAACGUGAAAUUUAGACGUCUCCAAGUAAAAAAGUGAUAAUUAUCUGUGAAAGUUUGCAGAUAUCCAUUUGGGAAUAGAAUGGAGAAUUUUAGUGUAACUUUCAUCGACGCUAAAAUAGACUGACGCAAGUAAUUUUCGUCAAGAAAUUCCAGCUGAAUUCUAGCCAGGAUUUAGUUAAUUGCGAAGUACUUGGUUUCCAAAACCAAAACAAACUAUUCGAAGAAUCUGGUCGGCCGUCCAUUAGAAAAUCCAGAUUAGUAAAGGAGAGGACGAACUUUGAAUUUGAGAUAUUUGAUCUAUGAGAUUGCUGCGAAGAUAAUCGUACGAAGAAGAGGAAAGAAUUAUUGAGGAUUAUAACAAAUACCAAUGGAAUUAUCAUUGGCAGUAGUGAGAGAUUGAAAAUUUAAACGACGCUCUACUUCGUUCUCUCUGAUAAACUAAUCUGUUUCAACGAGAAUAAAAGACACAAUUGCCUGUCAACUUUGAUAAUUAAAUCACUUUUGAACCGACUUUCGAUCAGGUUUGCUUGUAAAAAAUUCAUAAACCCUAAUUAAUCACGUUCAAGUCUUUUAUUCAUUCAAUCAUUACAAAUCUCUAGCAAAAGUAUAUAACAAAAUAAUGCUUUCUUUAUAUGUGUUCUAGGUCAUUUUAGCGUUAUUGUUCUUUUUUAUAGCCUAAGAGAGGAAAAAGAUGAUUCGGAUAGUGUGCUUAGGGUCAAGCACUCUUCUCUAGGCCGUUUACCACUUUUCAAGAGGAUUCCUUUAUCUUUCCACUUUUUUUCGCUUUCUCCUCUCAGUUCGCCCCUGUGCCUCUUUAAUAUUCAAUUAAAUCAAUCCUUG